AUGUGGAGCACAUUCCGAAACCUGAAGAACAACAUCUCGGCGAUCGCGUCGGACGUUCUCGACACCGCGGAAGAGCUCGACCCUGGCCUGUUCGGCAGUGGGCCCGGCUCGCCGUCUCACCACUCGUCUUCGGACUCCUACUCCGAAGGUUCCUCUGCUGAUUCUACCCCGGAGCGGCGCGGCAAAGCGGGUCCCGAGGAUUCUCCUUCGGACCCUAAUUCAGGGGCUCGGGAUGUUGCUGCUGAGGACUCACACCGUGCCAGUCAGGGUAGUCACAUUCAAAGUAGUCACAUUGGAGGUCCGAACCAGGUUCCACAUGGAAUCUCUCCUCUGCAGCACCCUACUCAACCACCACCCACCACUGCCGGAAACCCGCCCUACUCUGCGGGAAACGCACCUGCGGGAGGAAAGGGAAACCCCUUUGGCGCGCCCCUGUUUCAAGCCAGCUCUGGAGGAGUGAAAGGACAACCGCAGGAGCCGCAUCGGCAGCAGCAGCAGCAGCAGCAGCAGCAGCAGCAGCAGCAGCAGCAGCAGGAGGAGGAGGAGUUGAAACAGUCGCACCCACAACAACCCCCACAACCGAGACCUGCUGCAUCUGCUGCUGGCCGUCCCCCCCACGGACCUCCCCCACACGGACCUCCCCCCCACGGACCUCCCCCACAUGGGCCUCCGCGAAAUGGCCCUCCGCCUAUCAGACCUGCCCGCAAUUCACCUCCCCCGGUGGGACCUCUCCCGUUUGGACCUCCCUCUCAUGGCUCUCCAUCGUCUGCCCCUCUCCCAGUCAAGCCUGCCCCAGGUGCAGAGCAGGAAAGGUGGCUGGCGGGGGAGAGAGGGGGAGAGGUGGUGAGGUUAAGGGAGGAGAAGCAGAGGCUGGAAGGGGAGUUGAGAGUGGUGAGGGGUGAGAUGGAGAGAGAAAGGGAAGCUGCGAGGAAGCUGGCGCAGCAGAUGACAGGCGGUCGAGAGGGGUGGGAAUCAGCUGUGCAGGAGUGCAGUAUUCUCAAAGCCGAGAGGCAGCAAUUGUUCAACGACUUGGCAGAGGCACAUGAGAAGAUGAAAGAGGAGGCAGCAGUGCGGCAGCAGGCGGAGGGGGCGCUGAGGCAGGUGGAGGCUCAACUGGCGCAGGCAGUAGCUGCUGCUGACGCCUCCAAAGCCUCGUGGCAGGCCGAACUGCAGCAGCUCUCGCUCCAGCUCGCCGAGGCUCGGGCUGCCGAAGCUGGGGCUCAGCUUCGGGCUGCCUCUGCUGCUGCCCCGGCGGCUGCGGCCGCAGCUCAGACAGAAGAGCUAUCGCAAGUAAAGGCGAAACUUCAGGCAGCAGAGCAAGCCCUCUCCUCCCAGCACGCCUCCUUCCAGACCUCCCUCCAACAGCUCAGGGAAGAGUGUGACCGUCAGGUGAAAGCAGCAGAGGCCCAGGUGAAAACAGCAGAGGCCCAGGCGAAAGAAGCAGAGAGCCAGGCGAAAGCAGCAGAGGCGAGGAGGAAAGAAGCGGAGGAAGCAGCAGAGGCGAAGGCGACAGCUGCAGUGGUGGCAAUGGAAGAGCAGGCAGUGAGAAGGAUAGCAGUGGCAGUGAGAGCUGCAGAGAGGGAGGCAGAGGAGAGGAGAGCAGAAGCAGAGAAGGAAGCAGUGGCGAGGAGAAGGGAGAUGGAGGAGGCAGCGGCGGCGCAAAGAGGGGAGUUAGAAGGGGUGCUGAGUGCGAUGAAGGGGGAGAGGGACAAGGCGAAACGGGAACUGGCGAGGCUGAAACAACACCUGCUAGAGCUGGUGAGUGUGUUGAGGACGGGGAGGGCGUUUGGGGGAGGGACGCAGGAAGGGGAGGAGAAGGGAAGUAGAGGAGGCAGCAGCGGCACAGAGAGGAAAGCUGGAGGGGGUGCUGAAUGCGAUGAAGGGGGAGAGGGACAAGGCGAAGCGGGAACUGGCGAGGCUGAAACAGCACCUGCUGGAGCUGCCAAGGUGGAGCAUGAAACUGACCAAAUCAAAUCUCUCGAGGCGCAGCUACAGGACAAAUCCCGUGAGCUGGCAGCCCUCCAGUCCGUGCUAGCAGACGCACGCGCCGCCGCGGAAGCUGCCAGGAAAGAGGCGGAGAGCCGAGCCAAGGAGGUGGGGGAGGAGGGAGUGAGGAGGGAGAGGGAGAGGGAGGAGGCGGAGAGGGAGAGGCAGGUGCUUCGGGCCGAACUUGAGGCUCGGGAUCAGGAGCUGAACAAUCUUCAGGCAGCCCUGGGGCAGUUCUAUGCUGAAGCUGAGGCUCAGAACCGGUUGGCAGCAGAGCUAGCGGCAGCACGGGACGACAACACCAAGCUGGCUGAGCAGUUGCAGUUGGCGAAGGACCUCGCAAGCAGGAGGGCGGAGGAGGUAGAAGCAGCCGAGGCGAGAGCAGCAGAGGCAGAGAGGGGGAGAGCAGCAGCGGUGGUGGGGGAGCAGAGGGCAGGGAACGAGCUGUCCAAGGUCCGCCAGGCUCUGGAGCAGUGCAUGGUGCGGCUCAACAGAAUGUCUUCUGAUUCUGAUUUCACUGUAGACAGGAGAAUCGUGAUCAAGUUGCUGGUGACUUACUUUCAGCGCAAGCACAGCAAGGAGGUGAGUGGUGCAGCCUUUUUAGAAGGCAAUUUUCAGGUGCUUGACCUCAUGGCUCGCAUCCUUGGCUUUUCAGAGGAGGACAAGCAGCGGGUGGGGCUGGCAGCAGCGGGCCACAUGGGGGUGGGAGGAAGCGCCUUCAUGCUCUAUCUAUCCUUGUAUUCCCCUGUGCUCCCUUGUUCCGCUCUGUUACACGGUUACCACACUCAGGUGCUUGAUCUCAUGGCUCGCAUCCUUGGAUUCUCAGAGGAGGAUAAGCAGCGGGUGGGGCUGGCAGCAGCAGGGCACAUGGGGGUGGGAGGAAGUGCCUUGGUUCUUGACCUCAUGGCUCGCAUUCUUGGAUUUUCAGAAGAGGACAAGCAGCGGGUGGGGUUGGCAGCAGCAGGCCACAUGGGGGUGGGAGGAGGAGCAGCAGGGGGGGUGAGGGGCGUGUUUGGGCUUCCGGGGAGGCUGGUGGGGGGACUUUUUGGAGGGGGAGCGAGCGUGGGGGGAGUGGGGGGAAGCACUGGCGCCCUGGCAAGCAUUGCAGACGACAGCACAACCUUCACGGACCUCUGGAUCGACUUUCUGCUCAAGGAGUCCGAAUCAAGGGAUCGUGGAGAGAUGCCGUCCGACCCCUCCCCGCCCCGCUUUCCCGGCUACCCCGCCUUUUCCGCCGCUCCGGGCAGCCCGCCGAAAUAUUUUCAGCCCGUGUCGCCCCGGGCUUCUGGAGGCGGGCUGGGCGGUGGGGCAGGCGGAUAUGUUUUGUCUCCGAAUGCGGGCAGGUGGAGAAGCAGCACUAGCCCUCAGAGGGAAUCGUCCCAGGCUGUAGCGCAAUAUGUGGCCUCUCCUGUUGUAGCAGCACCUCCGGCUGUAGCGCUGGGGUUUUCGGUUGCGGGAUCGCAGCAGCAGGCAGGAGAGAGCUACCGUUACCGAAUGUCAGACCACAACCCAGUUGGGCUUGCUGGGACGGCGUCGGCGGCUGUAGCAGCGUCUGCUACAGCUGCUGCUGCGUCUGUGGGAGCAAGAGCAGGGGCAGACGGAGGAGCAGCGGGAGCAGGAGUGGGGGGCGGAGGAGGAGGGGAGCUGCCAUUUAUUGCAGCAGCAGCCCAGACCCAUAGGGAUCCUAUGCACAGCCUCCCAUCCCCUUACCUGCCUGGCAUCCCUGGUUUCGGCACUGGCAUGGCUGGUGCACAUGGAAUGGGCGGCACAGGGGGGUUUUCAGGUGCCGGCACAGGUGCUUCAGGUGGUUUCUCAGGUGGUUCGGUCUCCGCAGGGAUGAUGGGUGGAGGGUCAGCAGUGCCAGGCAUUUCAGGGGAGCUCUGGAGUGGGUCAGCAGGGGCAGGGGGAGGUAUAUCUGGGGCAGGUGGGAUUCUGGGCAGUGGACCAGGAGCAGUGGUGGAAAUGUCUCCAGGAAUAGGGUUACCACAGAGUGGAAGUGGUAACGGCAUGUUACAGGGGUAUACACCACCGAGCAUGCACAGGCAAGGGUCUGGUGGUAUGAGUGGUGGCAAUGCAUUGUUCAGUGCAAGUGGGGGAGGGAUGAUGGGGGUGGAUGGUGAUGUGGACUUAGAUGGUAACGGUAACGCGUCAGAGUUUUCGUCGGUGCCUUUGAACAUGGGCCCGGGGCAGAAGGCCACUGCAGCAUUGUCGUCGCUGUCAGCUCGUAGUGGUCAAGUGGUGGUGAGUGCAGCUCGGAACUUGUUUGGGCAACAGGAGAGUGAGUCGGCGCUACAACUGUAG